CUUCGAGAGAAAUCAUCUGGUAUUCAAGCAAUGUUAUAUGACGUACCUUUCAUAUUUCUUUCACUUAUAAAAACCAUAAAGUUUUAACACCCUUCUUUUCAGACACCGGUUACUUUAUAUUCAACGAAUUAGGCCAUGCGUAUAACAAUUUAUAUUGCUCUCUGUGCAAUACUUUCUUCUAUGGAUCAGUUGGUAACUGCUUGAACAUAAUAGGAAGGAAUCCAGGAAUGAAUCCGAUCCUUCCACUGUAUACCCUGUUGAAUAUUGACAAACUAUUCGAUCAAGAUAAUCCCGAAGGAAAAACAAGGCGAUGUAAGAAUGGGGAGAUACUGGACACAUUCUUUGAUAAAUGCCGGGCAUUACAUUGCUUUCAGAGUUCGCUUCCUUUUGAAGGGAAAUGCGUACCCUUUCUUGAUUAUGAUAUAGGAUAUAAACUCGCCAUAAAACUGGUACCAAAAGAGGAUUUAAGGCAAAGGGAAUUGAUAGAGACUGACCUAAGGAACCAUUACAUACACGUUCAAACAAAGCUCGGUUUCAAAAAAUGCAGGUUAUGUCAACUGUACAUGUUUGUUGAAAAGGGCAGCACAGACAUCUUAUUGCAGGAAAUUUAUAUAGUAUUUGUUUUUACUCCGACACCUCGAUGCAAGACUGAAGACAUAUGGUCAAAAUUCAUGGCAGCCGAGACAAAACUUCCUUUGAUUUUGAAUUUGCCAGUUAAUGAAAAACUGGUAGAUUUUACGGCCUCUUGGGACGAUGCAAGAGAUUAUCGUCUUACACACUGGAAGGCGGUUUUAGAAGUGGAGUAUAAAAACAAAUGUCGACCCGUUUCACCCGCACGUGGUGAAAUAUGCCCUAAAGUACAACUUUUACGACACGAAGUUGAACAUGUAAAGAAACACCAUCCAAGAGCAGACGAACUUAUAUGGACUUAUAUGAAAGAUGGUAAUGGCUCGGCUUUCGUUUGCUGUAACAACUACAUCUCUUAUGAGCGGUCAUUAUGUUCACUGGAUUAUAACUUAUGCUUUUCAUUAACUUUAAGUGUCUUUCUUGGUUCUCUGUUUAGAUAUGUUGAAUGA